UUCUAAGGUCGUCCUUAAUAUCUUCAAGUAUAUAUAGUCAUUAAUUACCUCACACAACAAAAUCAUGUCUUCCGCUAUCUUUAUUUUACUAUUGCCGUUCAUUUCUAUUCCUUAUUCCCUUUCUAUAGGAUCUGGACCACCACCAGGUCUUCUAAAGGGACCCGGACCCUCCAUCCCUAAACCCGGACCCUCUGUCCCUAAACCGGGACAUCCUACUCCCCCUACCAAGGGACCGGUACCCACUGCCGAUCCUAAUUCCGUCUUCAAAUCCUUCCUCGCAUGCCUCCCAACACAAUCGCCACAUCCUGACCCCUCGUUCUCGUCCAUAGUUUUUAGCUCCGCCACCAACGCCUCUGCCUACACCAAAACCCUAGAAGACCGCAUUAGAAACCGUCGUUUCAAUAUGACAUCCACACCUAAACCCGCUAUCAUCGUCACCCCAACCAAAGAAUUCCACGUGCAAGCCACCGUCCUAUGCGCGAAAAAACUCGACCUCCAAAUCAAAAUCCGCAGCGGCGGACAUGACUACGAAGCAAUCUCCUCCGUCUCAUCCGAAGAAACUUUCAUGAUACUUGACAUGUUUAAUUUACGUUCGGUCGAGAUUAACAUCCCGACCGAAACCGCAGUCGUCCAAGCCGGAGCUCAGCUCGGCGAACUCUAUUACCGGAUUUGGGAAAAAAGCAAGGUGCACGGAUUCCCUUCCGGAGUAUGCCCGACUAUCGGCAUAGGCGGGCAUAUAAGCGGUGCCGGUUACGGCAACAUGAUCCGAAAAUACGGGCUAUCAAUCGACCACGUGAUCGACGCCAAGAUCGUUAACGUUGACGGCAAGAUUUUGGACCGAAAAGCAAUGGGCGAGGAUCUUUUCUGGGCCGUUCGCGGCGGUGGUGGCAGCAGUUUUGGUGUCAUAUUAUCCUUCACAUUAAAACUAGUCCCCGUGCCGAAAAUUACCACCGUUUUUCGGCUAGAAAAAGGUCCCGAACCAAACGUUGUCGAUGUCAUUAUGAAAUGGCAAGAAAUCAUGCCGAAAAUUGACAACGAUUUGUUCAUUAGACUUUUAUUAACUCCCGUUCCGGUUAAUGGUAAAAAAACAAUAAAGGUAACGUUUGUAGGCUUUUUUUUGGGUGAUUCAAGUAAACUAUUGGGCUUAAUGAGCAAAGCAUUUCCGGAAUUGGGCUUAAAAAAAGAAAAUUGUUCGGAAGUAAGUUGGCUUCAGUCCACACUUUAUUGGGCCGAACUUGAUAUCAAAAAGCCCGAGAUCCUACUGGACCGAAGUACCCACACUAUUUUUUUUAAAGCCAUGUCUGAUUUUGUACAAACUCCAAUUCAAAAACAAGGGUGGACAACAAUAUUCAACAAGUUAAUGGAUUUGGGUAGUACGGUUGUUAUGGGUUUUAACCCGUAUGGCGGGAAGAUGAGCGAAAUUCCAGCGAAUGCGACUGCGAUGCCUCACCGUGCGGGAAACUUAUAUAAGAUUCAGUAUUUUAUGCCGUGGAUGGACGGGGCGCCAAAAGUGAUGGGGGAGAACUUGAAGAAAGGGAAAGCGUUUUAUAAGUUUAUGACGCCGUAUGUGUCGAAGAAUCCGAGGUGUGUGUUUACUAAUUAUCGGGAUUUUGAUGUUGGUGUGAAUUCGGGUGACGGGUUUAAUUCUGGGAAGGUUUAUGGGGAGAAGUUUUUUAAGGGGAAUUUUGAGAGGUUGGUGAAGGUGAAAACGGCUGUUGAUCCUGAAGAUUUCUUUAGGCAUGAACAAAGCAUUCCUACUCAAGGGAAGAAACCUUAGGCAAAAAAACACUAUUGGAUGAUUGUUAUUGAAAUAUGAAUAAAUAAAUAGACGUGAAUGCAUGACAUAUUUUUAUAGAAAAAAUAUCAUUUAGAGAUCCAUUAAGCUAUCAACUCUAAUCUUUUGCAUCAAGUUGAAAUUAAAAUAAUGUUUUU